UGUGACAUAAAGGAUUUCUCUUCUUUUUCUGUUCUCUUCUCCUUCAUAUGAGCAGGAACAAGGAAAAAGACAUUCUUGUUAAAGCUGAUCCAGAACCUGAAAGGACUCUGAAGAGGAAUCUAAAAGAAGCUAAAUUACAACAAUCCAGAGACAACCUUGCUGAAAUUUUCGAACAAGAAAAGGAGAUGGCAACCGAACCCAACAACAAUAAUGCAAGAAGGAUGCUUGGUGAUUAUACUGCACCUACGUCCAAGUUUGAUGGAAGAAGCAUCUCAAUUCCUGCCACAGGAGCAAACAAUUUUGAGCUGAAACCUCAACUAGUUGCUCUAAUGCAACAGAACUGCAAGUUUCAUGGACUUCCAUCAGAAGAUCCCUACCAGUUCUUAACUGAGUUCUUGCAGAUCUAUGAGGCUGUUAAGACUAAUGGAGUAGAUCCUGAAGUCUACAGGCUCAUGCUUUUCCCUUUUGCUGUAAGAGACAGAGCUAGAACAUCGUUGGACUCUCAACCUAAAGAUAGCCUGGACUCCUGGGAUAAGCUGGUCACGGCCUUCUUGGCUAAGUUCUUUCCUCCUCAAAAGCUGAGCAAGCUUAGAGUGGAUGUUCAGACCUUUAAACAAAAAGAUGGUGAAUACCUCUAUGAAGCUUGGGAAAGAUACAAGCAGAUGACCAAAAGAUGUCCUUUUGACAUGUUUUCAGAAUGGACCAUGAUAGAUAUAUUCUAUUAUGGUCUAUCUGAGUUCUCUAAGAUGUCACUGGACCAUUCUGUAAGUGGAUCCAUUCACCUAAAGAAAACACCUGCAGAAGCUCAAGAACUUAUUGACAUGGUUGUAAAUAACCAGUUCAUGUACACUUCUGAGAGGAAUUCCGUGAAUAAUGAGAUGCCUCAAAGGAAGGGAGUUCUUGAAAUUGAUGCUCUGAAUGCCAUAUUGGCUCAGAACAAAAUGUUGACUCAGCAAGUCAACAUGAUUUCUCAAAGUCUGAAUAGAUGGCAAAAUGCUUCCAACAAUACUAAAGAGGCAUCUUCUGAAGAAGAAGCUUAUGAUUCUGAGAACCUUGCAAUAGCAGAGGUAAAUUAUAUUGGUGAACCUUAUGGAAACACCUAUAAUUCAUCAUGGAGAAAUCAUCCAAAUUUCUCAUGGAAGGAUCAACAAAAGCCUCAACAAGGCUUUAAUAAUGGUGGAAGAAAUAGGCUCAGCAAUAUCAAGCCUUAUCCAUCAUCUUUUCAGCAACAGACAGAGAAUUCUGAACAGAGCACCUCUAACUUAGCAAAUUUAGUCUCUGAUCUGUCUAAGUCCACUUUAAGUUUCAUGAGUGAAACAAGGUCCUCCAUUAGAAAUCUGGAGGCACAAGUGGGCCAGCUGAGUAAGAAAAUCACUGAAACUCCUCCUAGUACUCUCCCAAGCAAUACUGAAGAGAAUCCAAAAAGAGAGUGCAAGGCCAUUAAUAUAGUCAAUAUGGCCGAACCUAGAGAGAAAAGAGAGAACGUGAAUCCCAAUGAGGAAGACCUCAUGGGACGUCUCUCAAGCAAGAAGGAGUUCCCUAUUGAGGUCCCAAGGGAAUCUGAGGCUCAUAUAGAGACCAUAGAGAUCCCAUUAAACCUCCUUCUGCCAUUCAUGAGCUCUGAAGACGAUUCUUCCUCUGAAGAGGAUGAAGAUGUAACUGGAGAGCAAGUUGCUCAAUAUUUAGAAGCUAUCAUGAAGCUGAAUGCCAAGUUAUUUGGUAAUGAGACUUGGGAAGGUGAACCUCCCUUGCUCAUUAGUGAACUAGAUACAUGGGUUCAGCAAACUUUACCUCAAAAGAGACAAGAUCCUGGCAAAUUCGUAAUACCCUGCACCAUAGGCACCAUGAUCUUUGAAAAAGCUCUGUGUGACCUGGGGUCAGGUAUAAAUCUUAUGCCACUCUCUGUAAUGGAGAAGCUGGGAAUCAUUGAGGUACAACCUGCCAUGUUCUCAUUACAAAUGACAGACAAUUUGCUUAGACAAUUUGAGGCUAAGAGACAAAGGAUUGUAACUGAACGCAAGAAAUAUGAAAUGGAAGCUGUAGCUACUAAUGACAAAGAGAAAUUUGAGCGAAGGAUGGAUGAACCAGAAAGUCAAUUGGAGAUGCGUGCAACUAAAGGGCAGAAGAAAUCCAAGUCAAAAAAGCUGGAUUUUAGUCAUCUACAAAGCACAUUCAAUUCUAUUAGCAAAAGGACUAAUUCCACGUCUACCACCUUGAAAGUACAGCCAAACAUUCCUUCGCAACAACCAGAAAAUAAAAAGAGAAAGGAGCUACUGACUAUGCCUACUGCUGAGAAAGUCAAGAAUGGAGUGCAUGGUGGAAAAUCAACACAAGGCUUGAAGAAGUCUACGCCUACAAACAUGGAGGCAGAUGAACUUACAAGGACGCUCAAAGAAAUUCGUAAAAGGAACAGCAACGUGUUAACAAGUCUAAGCCAAGAGCAGAGUUGUCCAAGUUCUACUCUCACAAUCAACCAAGGGCAGCAGCAGAAUAUUCAACUCACAGAUGAAGAGACUCAAACAAGGCAAGAUUACACAACUUUGCCUUCUCCUAAACUACCCCACAAAAUGAAAGUGCAAUGUUAGAGCAAGGAAUAUCAAGAAAGGGUAAGAGGAUGCCAGGAGUAAAGGCUACAACAAUUGACGAAUACUUAAAGGAAAAUAGGGUAGAUAUGGAAAUUAAAGGACCAAGCACUGAACUAAGUGAGGACGGGGAAGAAAGCAUGGCACUUGAUAAAGACUAUUAUCAACAUGUGAUGGAGGACAUUGAUGAUGAAAAAGGAGAGCCAAAGAAGAAGAAA